UUGGUAAAGCGAACAAACUCCCAAGUGACAGCUCUUUCUGGAAGAAGCAGAUUUUGGCGUUUUGUGCACGCCGCUGUAAUUUUUAAUUUAAUUUUGUUCUGAUAAUAAAUAUUUGAUUUUCUCAUUUAAGACGAGAAAUGGAUGAGGGAGAUUACGAUAACGAUGAUGUCGGUGGUGAUGAUUUCGAUGAUGUUGACGAGGAGGAUAACAUCGAUGAUAUUAACCAAGAGGAGGAGGCUGACAAUAUAGAAAUUAUAGCGCCAGGAAAUGCUGGUGGUGGAGUGCCCAAGGCGAAGCGCAUUACAACCAAAUACAUGACGAAAUAUGAACGGGCGCGUGUGUUGGGUACGCGUGCGUUGCAAAUUGCUAUGUGCGCACCCAUCAUGGUGGAGUUGGAAGGUGAAACAGAUCCGCUGCAAAUUGCUAUGAAAGAGUUGAAACAGAAGAAGAUACCAAUUAUUAUAAGGCGGUUUUUACCGGAUCACUCCUAUGAGGAUUGGAGCAUCGAUGAGUUAAUUAUAGUGGACCAUUAAGUUGUAGAUUUAAAUAGUAAGUUUUAUUAAAAAAUCAAAAUAUAUAUUGGACAUUUGUGCAAAAUGAGA